ACAGAGGGGAGAGAUAAGAAGGCUGGAGAGAAAUACGGAGAGAAAGAGAGGCGUGUGCUGCGUGCUGUGAUAAUAACGCAUCCAGCCGGCUGCACAGUGGGUUUUUAAGCAGAGGUAGCGUGGAGCCAGUCAAAUCUAUGCUCGCCUUGUGCCCGAGGUGAUGCUUGUGAGCGACUUGUGAGUGAGUGUGUGUCAGUGACAGAAUCGCCCCGAUAAAGAGCUGCAGUGGCCAGAGGCAGGAAGCAGCAUAAGCAGCCAGCUUCACACAGCACACGCUGCUCUACAUAUUCCAUUCAAGCUCAAUCAAACUAAGACACCACUAAAUCACCACAUAUUUCUGAAGAAGUGUCCAGACCUGAAACGCCAGCUUUCCUGCUCCUCUGAUGCUGCUUGGCCUGCUGUAUUCAUCCAGCUCUCCACCUUGUUAUCUCUAAAACACCAUUGAGUUUGUUUUCAUUUCUUUUUUUAAAAAAAGGGUAAACCUAUUAGAUUAUGGCUUGUCCGGAAACACUUCCUUUUUCUUCAGAAGCAUCUGAUUGUGAAAGCAAUUCGCCGCUACAGCCGAAGAAGGGCAUGUCGAUCUUUCGCGAUAUUUUACGGCGAGCAGACAAAAAUGAUGAUGGCAAGCUGUCCUUUGAUGAGUUCAAGGCUUACUUUGUAGAUGGAGUCCUGAAUUCAGAAGAGAUGCAUGAAUUGUUUCGUACCAUUGAUAGCAAUAACACCGACAAUCUCAACAUUGAAGAGAUAUGUGAGUACUUUUCUCAACAUUUAGGAGAGUAUGAGAAUGUACUGGCUGCACUGGAGGAAUUGAAUGUUUCCAUUUUAAAGGCAAUGGACAAAACAAAGAAAGAUUACCAAGGCUCAUGUAACCUGGAACAGUUUGUGACUCGUUUUCUGCUGAAGGAAACAGUGAACCAACUCCAGUCUUUACAGAAUUCCCUGGAAUGUGCCAUGGAAACUACAGAAGAGCAGACACGCCAGGAAAGGCGGGGUCCGGUGAAACCAGAGGUCUUGUCAAUUAACUGGUCAGGCAAACGGUCCAGUCGAAGGCUUCAGAGAACUAAUAGUCUGUCUCCAAACAAUACAAAUUUCAGCAUCUGGAACUCAGCCAUCCAUGCAGAAGAGGACUUCCAGUGGAUGACCCAGAUAAACAGGCUUCAGAAGCUAAUUGACCGCCUGGAGAAGAAGGACUUGAAGCUUGAACCACUGGAAGAAGAAAUACUGGAGGGAAAUACCAAGUCUCAUAUUCUAAUUGUUCAGCGACAAAUGUCAGUACUAGGAGACAAACUCGAGGAAUUCCGUCUAGCUUUGAGGCAGUAUGUGGUAUCUGCAACUGCACAAACAGGAUGUUUGCUCAUUUCGGUGCAGAAAAUUUCAGCUGAAUCGUGUUUUACACUUUAUGAAUUCUGGGAAAAUACCAAUCUCUGGAAAAACCACAUCCAGACUAACUACAACAAAACCUUUCAGAGGAGCAAUGUAGAUUUCCUGGAUGCUCCAGAACUAAUAACAACAAUGCUUGUGCCUGGCAAGCAUACCAUAUGGCUUCUUCACCGCCCUAGCUACUUGUGUGGCCACUUUGAGGGAGCUAUAGAUUUGAAUCCCAAGAUCCUCCUGUACGUCAAUGCUGUUCAGGUUCCUGGAUUAACUGUACAGUAACAAAGCAUCAUGGUGGGUUCUCAAUAAUAACUGAUUGUCCACUGUUGUAGAAAACAUGUGGCACAUGAAAUUUUCUGUGCAACAUCUAUAGUGAUGGCUUAAUUUGUGUUACAAUAGUGAAAACAGGCUUAAUUAAAAUGACCAAAUAAUGUUAGAUGUAACUAAAAUAAUAAAUGAAUGCAAAAUUGGAAAUAAUAUGUUCUACUUAAUAAAUGAUUAACUAAUAGACAACUGUAAUGAGCAGCACUAGUGUUAUAUAUUCUGUAACAGUUUCUUUUUUGUAAUACAGUCCAGUUUUCUAUUCUAUUUGUACCACACAAGUUCAGAUUACCACGUCAUUUUAAGGAAGUCAUGAAAAUUGGGUAAUUUAUUUAUUAUUAUUCAAAAACCAGAAGGUAAGGCCUAACAAUUCUUCAUUAAUAACACAUUUAAAGUUUAAAUAUGUAGCCCUUAAUGCUACAUAUCAGAAUCUGGUGAAGAAAAUAUUUUAAAAUGUAAAUUUUCAGAAUUAAACAUAAAUAAGGUGAAUGUUACGUUCCCCAAACAGGGAGUGUUUGAAACUGGGACAGCACAAAAAGCAAAGGUGGUGGAUAGCCCAUUAGCUUCUCAUCUAUCACUACCUCCCCAUGUUUUGAGCUGCUAACUUUGUGUGCUGCCGUAUGCCUCACCUAUCCCAUUUUUGGAGGCAGGUAAGGCAUAAGGCAGUCCACCUAUCCUGAGGCCUAUUUAAGCCAUUCAGUAAACAAUUGACUGCAAGCUACGGGUUUUGCUGCACAUCUUGCACAAUAUUUUGGCUUACAGGAGAAGAAAGAUGGAAGAUGGUUAAUCAGUGAUAAUGGGAACUGCAGAUGCUGGAGAAUCCAAGAUAAUGAAAUGUGAGGCUGGAUGAACACAGCAGGCCCAGCAGCAUCUCAGGAGCACAAAAGCUGAUGUUUCGGGCCUAGACUCUUAAUCAGAGAGGGGGAUGGGGUGAGGGUUCUGGAAUAAAUAGGGAGAGAGGGGGAGGCAGACUGAAGAUGGAGAGAAAAGAAGAUAGGUGGAGAGGAGAGUAUAGGUGGGGAGGCAGGAAGGGAAUAGGUCAGUCCAGGGAAGGCGGACAGGUCAAGGAGGUGGGAUGAGGUUAGUAGGUAGGAGAUGGAGGUGCGGCUUGGGGUGGGAGGAAGGGAUGGGUAAGAGGAAGAACAGGUUAGGGAGGCAGAGACAGGUUGGACUGGUUUUGGGAUGCAGUGGGGGGAGGGGACGAACUGGGCUGGUUUUGGGAUGCAGUGGGCGAAGGGGAGAUUUUGAAGCUGGUGAAGCCCACAUUGAUACCAUUGGGCUGCAGGUUUCCCAAGCGGAAUAUGAGUUGCUGUUCCUGCAACCUUCGGGUGGCAUCAUUGUGGCACUACAGGAGGCCCAUGAUGGACAUGUCAUCUCAAGAAUGGGAGGGGGAGUGGAAAUGGUUUGCGACUGGGAGGUGCAGUUGUUUAUUGCGAACCGAGCGGAGGUGUUCUGCAAAGCGGUCCCCAAGCCUCCGCUUGGUUUCCCCAAUGUAGAGGAAGCCACACCGGGUACAAUGGAUGCAGUAUACCACAUUGGCAGAUGUGCAGGUGAACCUCUGCUUAAUGUGGAAAGUCAUCUUGGGGCCUGGGAUAGGGGUGAGGGAGGAGGUGUGGGGGCAAGUGUAGCACUUCCUGCGGUUGCAGGGGAAGGUCCCGGUUGUGGUGGGGUUGGAGGGCAGUGUGGAGCGAACAGGGGAGUCACGGAGAGAGUGGUCUCUCCGGAAAGCAGACAGGGGUGGGGAUGGAAAAAUGUCUUGGAUGGUGGGGUCGGAUUGUAGUAUGGUUAACCAGACAGCUUUGACAGAGUGGGCUACUAUUAGGCAGCAAAAGUGGGAUGGAGGAGUGAGGUCCUCUGCCCAUCAGGAGGGCUCUCUUGAUCUUUUUAAUCUGACAUCCCCACCAUCCCCAUCCACCUUACUGGGGGUUUCCCAGCCAUCCUACCUAAAGCCAAAUUCCCAACUCACCCAAAAUCCAGAAGAAUCUUCAUUAUUUCAUUGGGACUGGUUGUACAGUCCCAGCAGUGACCACUACUGUAUUUCAGCACUGCUUGGACUACAGCAAUGAGGAACAAUUAGAUUAGCUGCCAGGGCUGCAGAGCAGGACUUCCUGUCCUUGAAGGGUGGCUGUUCCGCUUUAAAUCAAGUAUUUCUGCAUCCAAUGUAAUAUUGCUAUACGACAAUUAUAUUUCACAUUGGCAAAGUGACAAUUGACUUUUAGGUCCAGUGUGUUGUGAUUAAUCAAAACCUUUGUGAAAUCCAUUGCAUGUCUAAGUAAUGUUAUAUGUUACAGCCAAAAAACCAAGCAUCAACAGAUUUCUCCGGACCUAAUUGGUAAUGAUUUGGUGGAGCCUCUAGUGACAUAGCAUAAUUCCCAAAACUAGCAUUCAGAUGCUGCCUCAGAUCAGAGCACUCAUGGAAAUUCUAUACAGACAUUUCAUUUUUGUAAAUCUGAUGUAAGUUCAUUCUACUUACAUUUCAAUUAAAAUAGCUUCAGCUGUGGUUUAUGUGGCAUUAAUAAUGAAAAAUAUGCAUUAGUGGUAAAUUUUGUAGUUUUGUCCAGAAAGAACUGUAAUUGCUGAUUUGUGUUUAUCUCUAAUGACCUCUUCAAAAUGUUUUGCCAAUUGUUCCAGACUGAUUACAGUGAAAACAAAUCAACCGUAUUACUGUUAUUGACAGAUGUUUGUGCAGGAAGACAUAAAAUAUUUUAGCAUGUUGAAAUUUUGCCCAUUUGUAUUUACUGGCUCUGUUAAUUAA